AAUUAACUAAAAUGAUACAGUCAACAACCAUUUGUUGAGGAAGAAUGACUCAUGAGGAUUGUCUACUAAACAGGAUAACACAAAAACUAUCAUAACUUCACGACCCUCCAUUAAAACAUCAAGAGGCUAUGGUUCCCGCCAUUAAUGGCGUCAAGCUUCCAUCUCUCUUCUCUUCUUCCUCAACCUCUUCUCUUCCAUCAUCCUCCUUUUCACUUCCCUAUCAAACCAUUUCAUCAUUCCUCCAUUUCUCUCUCAAAUUUCAAUCCAUACUACCACCACAACUACCAUUUUAUCUCAGCUUCUGCUGCGAGAUUCCUUACAAACCCACCAAUCUCCCCUGUUUCCCAACAAACGCAUCACCCCUAUUCUUCUUCUGAUUCCUCCGAACACUCCUUUUCAUCAAAUGAUGCAAACUUUAUCUACCAUAAGUGUCUUGAAUUGCUUCAAUUGUCUGUUCAUUACAAGGAUGUUGAGCUUGCAAGAGCUGUUCAUUCCUUGAUUUUGAAGUUUGAGGAGGAUAAUUACUUGCUUAAUUCCUUAAUUACUGCUUAUCUCAAACUGGGUUUUCUCUAUGAUGCUUAUAAUGUGUUUUCCGAAAUUUCCCAUCCUGAUGUUGUCUCUUACACUGUUAUUAUUUCCGGGUUUGCAAAAUCUGGGUAUGAAUUUGAGGCUAUUGAGAUGUUUAUGAGGAUGAGAAUGAGAGGUAUUGAACCUAAUGAGUUCACUUUUGUUGCUUUUUUAACUGCUUGCAGCAGAAUUUAUGAGUUUCAAUUAGGGUUUCAAAUUCAUUCUUUGAUUGUUAAAUUUGGUUAUUUGUUUUCAACGUAUGUUGCAAAUUCUCUUAUGAAAUUAUACGGCAAAUGUGGUGAGUUAGAUUAUGCACUUCAGGUGUUCGAUGAAAUGUCUGAAAGAGAUAUUGCAUCCUGGAAUACUAUCAUUGCUAGUUUUGUUAGUGAAGAGAUGUAUGACAGAGCUUUUGAAUUGUUCCAUGAGAUGCUUAGAAUUGAUGGGUUUAGAGCUAGCCAAUUUACUCUUUCGAGCCUUGUUAGUGCUUGUGCUAGUUGCUCUUCUAGGCUCUUGGGUAGAGAAAUUCAUGCUUAUGCAAUUAAGAUAGGCUUUGGUAAUAAUUUGAGUGUCACUAAUUCUCUUAUUGGGUUUUACACAAAAUGUGGCACUGCCAAAGAUGCGUUAACUUUGUUUGAGAGAAUGCCUAUCAAGGAUGUUAUUUCUUGGACGAGUAUGAUUACCACCUUGAUGGACUUCGGAAUGGUUGAUUCAGCGUUAGAAAUAUUCGAUAACAUGUCUGAGAAAAAUGCUAUUUCUUUCAAUGCUGUAUUGGCGGGGCUUUGUUCGAAUUAUAAGGGUUUAGAAGCUUUAUCUUUGUUCUGUGAUAUGGUUAAUAAUGGUGUCGAAUUAACAGAAUACACACUAACAAGUGUUAUUAGUGCUUGUAGCUUGCUUGGGGUAAAGAAUAUUAGUGAACAAAUACAUGGGUUUGUGAUCAAAUUUGGCUUUACAACCAAUUCUUGUAUAGAAGUAGCUUUACUUGAUAUGUGCACAAGGUGUGGGAAAAUCGCAGACGCUCAAAAGAUGUUUCAUCGAAGCCAAUCCGACCAAUACCUACCCAUAAAAUGGACUUCCCUGAUUUCUGGCUUUGCUCGUAACGCGCUGCCAGAAGAAGCUAUGAUACUGUUCCAAUGGGGGCAAUCCGAAGAAGCUUUAGAAGUUGAUGAAGUUACAGCAACUACAGUACUUGGUAUUUGUGGGACUCUAGGUUUAUAUGAAAUGGGUGAGCAAAUGUAUUGUCACGCCAUAAAAUCAGGGCAUUUUCAUGAUUUAGGAUUGGGAAAUGCUGUCAUUAGUAUGUACUCGAAGUGCGGUUACAUUGAAAAUGCUCGGAGGGUUUUUGAACUUUUGCCCUUACAUGAUGUAGUGUCAUGGAAUUGUUUGAUUUCUGGUUACCUUCUUCUAAGGCAGGGUGAUGAGGUGUUGUCUGUUUGGUUGAGGAUGAAGAACACACAUAUAAGACCAGACCCGAUCACCCUUCUUUUAAUUAUUUCGUCGUAUAGGCAUACCAAGUCGAAUAUGCUAGAUGAUUGUCGGAGAUUGUUUUUCUCGAUGAGUAGUGUAUAUGAUAUCGAACCUACUUCUGAUCAUUAUGCGGCGUUUGUGAACGUUUUAGGAACAUGGGGUUGUUUAGAUGAGGCUGAGGAUAUGAUAUCUAAGAUGUUGUUUGAGCCAAAAAUCUCGGUUUGGCGAGCUUUGCUUCAUCGUAGUGAAAUUCAUUCGAACCCUGAGAUUGGGAAAAGGACAGCAAAACGCAUACUGGCUAUGCAGCCCGAUGAUCCUUCUACGUUUGUGCUCGUAUCAAAUUUGUUCUCUGCGUCUGGUAGAUGGCAUUGCUCCGAGAUGGUUAGAGAGGAAAUGAGGAGGCAAGGUCUUAGAAAACAUCCUUCACGUAGUUGGAUAGUUCAUCAAAACAAAGUUCAUUCGUUUUAUACCCGAGAUAGGACUCAUUCCCAAUCGAAAGACAUCCAUCGAGGAUUAGGAAUCUUGAUCUUAGAAUGCUUAAAAGCUGGGUAUAAGCCUGAUACAAGUUUUGUUCUUCAUGAAGUAGAGGAGCACCAGAAGAAAGAUUUCUUGUUCUAUCAUAGUGCAAAACUAGCGGUAACGUAUGGCCUUUUGAAAACCCGGCCUGGAAAAUCUAUUCGAGUUAUGAAGAAUGUCGUGUUAUGUGGCGAUUGCCAUAACUUCUUCAAGUACGUUUCGAGAGUCACUCGAAGAGAAAUUCGUGUUAGGGACUCUUCAGGUUUUCACUAUUUCUGUGAUGGAAAAUGCUCAUGUAAAGAUCACUGGGUGAGAUGGUUGAAUGUAAAUACAUGUUGAAGGGACAGUUUAGGAGAAGGAGAAAAUUUUGAGGUAUAUAAUGAAAUUUCAUACAAAACUGCACAAAAUCUUAGUUUGACAUUAUUCUCCUGAUGCAUUGCACAAAAUUGACUUUGUAUAUGUACUAUGUUGGGAUGGUUUAUCCCUCAUCGAUGAUUUAAAGAUGGUGUGCAUGUCAUUGGAGCCCUUUCUCCCAUUGCCAUAUGGUUUUGGGAUGGUAUCUCCUUGGCUUAUGAAGUGUGUGCACCUCGUGUUCUUCAAUUCUAUGCUGGUAUUGACAAUAAGUCCAACUCAAUUUAACAUACUAAUUUUGUCAUGAUUCAUCAGUGUCAUUAUCUCUAUAAAUAUGGCUCCUUGCGUUUAGAAAACCAGGCUAUAUAAUUGGAAUUUCCUUUAUUGAUAUUUGUUAAUCCGCUUUGUUUUCUAACUUGUAGGAAGACAUUACAAUAUUAAGUCAUUGUAGUAUAUGGGAGUCUUUUUUUUUUUUUUUUUUUUGCCUUUUUAUUGUGGGUGGUGUGAUCGAGGAGAGUUUGGUUUUGGACUUUGGAGGAUAUGAUCCCUGAUAGAGAAUAUAACAUAUAUAAGAGAUCUUUUGGGCUAGAAGCUUGUGGAUGUACUAAUGCAGGCAUGCAGCAGUACAGUUCUGUCACGUUGGCUUUUGAUAUCAUAUCUAGAGAUCAUUUCAGCCAAAAACUCAAGUUGAUGGUUGAAGCUCCGCUUUGAUACACUAUGUACUGAAAACUCUGAUGUGAUUGUGAAUCUCCAAGAGCUUAUUAUUGUGGAAAGAUAGAUGGGAACACUAAAUAAGGACCAAAGGAGAAUGGAGCUGUAAUGCCUCUGCUUUGAUACACAUUAUUGCCCUAAUUGUCUGUGAUGCAGCUGGAAUGUUACCUCCCUCGAGUUGGGGGACCGAACUUGGUGAUGACCGGAAGGGUGUCCUGUGAUGCUUUGUCGUUUGAUUGUUUGAGAUAUUCGUGUUGUUGAAUCGAUUCGAGUUGUUUCUACAAUGAAGAUGCUGUAAUCAUAUUACUGUCUGUUAGGCAAAUUAUUGCUGUAAAUUGUGUGAUUUUAGGUUGCAUCCAGACAGGAGGGAUGGGGAAUCUAUGCAACUCACCCAGCAGAAUGAAUAACAAUUAACUUUACUUACACUGUUGGUAAAAUAUAUUAUUGAUCGAUUUUAGCUUAUUUUAGCAUAAAUAGAUGAAAUAAUAUCUAAAGUUAGUGUUUAGUAUAAGAACUGCUUGAAAUUGUUUGUUAUUAAUAAAUUAUUUUUAAACAAGCUACUUUUAGCGGCAUUUUUGAUAUUAGCUAGUCAACCUAGUUAAUUAAUUAGUUGGUCAAAAUCUCCUAU